AUGCUACCAGCAGUUUUACAUAAUCAAUCCAAUAUUCCUGAUUUUGCUACAUCAAUUAUGAAACAUCAUGGAGGCACUUUUCAUUUUAAAAGACCUUGGUUUACAAAUACCAACUUUAUCCUCACCAGUGAUGCCAUGAAUGUGCACCAGUUCACAAGCAAGAAUUUCAUCAACUAUGGGAAAGAAUCUGAUUUCCAUGAGAUUUUUGAGUGGAUUUUAAAUUCUGGUCCAUAUGGAGUGACUAUGAAAGUUUUCAACUUUAUCAAACACAUUUCAACCCCUCGUCUCAUGUUUGCACUUUCAUCACGAGCUAAGGUUUAUACUUGA